GGGGGGUGGUGGGGGGCGUUGCGGAGAGCCCUAGGAGAGCUCUGGGGGUCGCAUCCGCUCAUGCUGCUCGGUUCGUGCUCGCAGAAGCCGGCAAUGACCCCCUGCACCUUCCUCGCGGGUGGGCUUCGGGACCCCAGACUCUGCGCCCCCACGAGGUGGGCUCCGUCUCCGCCCGGCCUUCCCCCGAUCCCGCGCCGGCCCCGGCUUCGGCUGAGGCCACUGCUGCUGCUGCUGCUGCUCCUGCCGCGCUCCGUCCUCUCGGCCGUGUUCACUGUGGGGGUGCUGGGCCCCUGGGCCUGCGACCCCAUCUUCGCGCGUGCCCGCCCGGACCUGGCCGCCCGCCUGGCCGCCUCCCGCCUGAACCACGCGGCUGCCCUGGAGGGCGGCCCCCGCUUCGAGGUCGCGCUGCUGCCCGAGCCGUGCCGGACGCCGGGCUCGCUGGGGGCCGUGUCCUCGGCGCUCACCCGCGUCUCGGGUCUAGUGGGGCCGGUGAACCCCGCAGCUUGCCGGCCGGCGGAAUUACUAGCCCAGGAGGCGGGGGUCACUCUGGUGCCCUGGGGCUGUCCCGGGACGCGGGCAGCGGGCACCACGGCUCCGGUGGUGACACCCGCGGCCGAUGCCCUCUACGCCCUCCUGCGCGCUUUCCGCUGGGCGCACGUGGCCUUGGUCACCGCCCCCCAGGACCUGUGGGUGGAGGCGGGACACGCACUUUCCACGGCGCUCAGGGCCAGGGGCCUGCCCGUGGCCCUGGUGACCUCCAUGGAGCCCUCCGACCUGUCUGGAGCCCGGGAGGCCCUGAGGAGGGUCCAAGAUGGGCCCAGAGUCAGAGCAGUGAUCAUGGUAAUGCACUCGGUCUUGCUGGGCGGCGAGGAGCAGCGCUGCCUGCUGGAGGCUGCAGAGGAACUGGGCCUGGCCGACGGUUCCCUGGUCUUCCUGCCCUUCGACACUCUCCACUACGCCUUGUCUCCAGGCCCUGACGCCCUGGCGGUGCUCGCCAACAGCUCACAGCUUCGCAAGGCCCACGAUGCGGUGCUCACCCUCACCCGUCACUGUCCCCUGGGAGGCAGUGUGCGGGACAGCCUGCGCAGGGCCCAAGAGCACCGGGAGCUGCCCCCGGACCUCAAUCUGCAGCAGGUAUCCCCUCUCUUCGGCACCAUCUAUGACUCAGUCUUCUUGUUGGCUGGGGGCGUGGCGCGAGCACGGGUGGCCGCAGGUGGCGGCUGGGUGUCCGGAGCAGCGGUGGCCCGCCAUAUCCAGGAUGCCCGGGUCCCUGGCUUCUGUGGGGCCCUGGGAGGAGCUGAGGAGCCCUCGUUUGUGCUACUGGACACGGAUGCCACGGGGGACCGGCUGUUCACUACAUACGUUCUGGACCCUACCCAGGGCUUCUUCCACUCUGCUGGAACCCCAGUGCAUUUUCCUAAAGGUGGACGGGGGCCUGGGCCUGACCCCUCGUGUUGGUUCGACCCAGAUACCAUCUGCAACGGAGGAGUGGAACCCAGCGUCGUCUUUAUUGGCUUCCUCCUGGUGGUUGGGAUGGGGCUGGCUGGGGCCUUCCUGGCCCAUUAUUGUAGGCACCGGCUGCUUCACAUCCAAAUGGUCUCUGGCCCCAACAAGAUCAUCCUGACUCUGGAUGACAUCACCUUCCUCCACCCGCAUGGGGGCAACUCUCGAAAGGUGGCCCAGGGGAGUCGAACCAGUCUGGCUGCCCGCAGCAUAUCAGAUGUUCGCAGCAUCCACAGCCAGCUCCCGGAUUACACCAACAUUGGCCUCUAUGAGGGAGACUGGGUUUGGUUGAAGAAAUUCCCAGGAGAUCGGCACAUAGCUAUCCGCCCAGCAACCAAGAUGGCCUUCUCCAAGAUCCGGGAACUCCGGCAUGAAAACGUGGCCCUCUACCUGGGCCUCUUCCUGGCGGGAGGAGCUGGCGGCCCCGCGGCCCCCGGGGAAGGCGUGCUGGCUGUGGUCUCGGAGCACUGUGCCCGCGGCUCCCUCCAAGACCUCCUCGCCCAGAGAGACAUAAAGCUGGACUGGAUGUUCAAGUCUUCCCUCCUCCUGGACCUCAUCAAGGGAAUAAGGUAUCUGCACCAUCGAGGGGUGGCCCAUGGGCGGCUGAAGUCACGGAACUGCGUGGUGGACGGGAGGUUCGUGCUUAAAGUCACCGACCACGGUCAUGGGCGACUGCUGGAGGCGCAGAGGGUGUUACCUGAGCCACCGAGCGCGGAGGACCAGCUAUGGACAGCCCCGGAGCUGCUUCGAGACCCGGUCCUGGAGCGCCGGGGAACGCUGGCCGGCGACGUCUUCAGUCUGGGCAUCAUUAUGCAGGAGGUCGUGUGCCGCAGCGCCCCCUACGCCAUGCUGGAGCUCACUCCCGAGGAAGUGGUGAAGAGGGUACAGAGCCCCCCUCCACUGUGUCGGCCCUCCGUGUCCAUAGACCAGGCGCCCAUGGAGUGCAUCCAGCUGAUGAAACAGUGCUGGGCAGAGCAGCCAGAACUUCGGCCCUCCAUGGAUCGCACCUUUGAACUGUUCAAGAGCAUCAACAAGGGCCGGAAGAUGAACAUCAUCGACUCAAUGCUGCGGAUGCUGGAACAGUACUCCAGUAAUCUGGAGGACCUGAUCCGGGAGCGCACAGAGGAGCUGGAGCUGGAAAAGCAGAAGACAGACCGGCUGCUCACACAGAUGCUGCCUCCGUCUGUGGCAGAGGCGCUGAAGAUGGGGACACCUGUGGAGCCCGAGUAUUUCGAAGAGGUGACACUGUACUUCAGUGACAUUGUGGGUUUCACCACCAUCUCAGCCAUGAGUGAGCCCAUCGAAGUGGUAGACCUGCUCAACGACCUCUACACGCUCUUCGAUGCCAUCAUCGGUUCCCAUGAUGUCUACAAGGUGGAGACAAUUGGGGAUGCCUACAUGGUGGCCUCCGGGCUGCCCCAGAGGAACGGGCACCGGCACGCGGCAGAGAUCGCCAACAUGGCUCUGGACAUUCUCAGCGCCGUGGGCACCUUCCGCAUGCGCCACAUGCCGGAAGUGCCCGUGCGCAUCCGCAUUGGCCUGCACUCGGGCCCGUGCGUGGCGGGCGUGGUGGGCCUCACCAUGCCCCGGUACUGCCUGUUUGGGGACACGGUCAACACCGCUUCGCGCAUGGAGUCCACCGGGCUGCCUUACCGCAUCCACGUGAACAGGAGCACCGUGCAGAUCCUCUCCGCCCUAAACGAGGGCUUCCUGACUGAGGUGCGGGGCCGCACGGAGCUGAAGGGCAAGGGCACAGAGGAAACCUACUGGCUGGUGGGCAGACGCGGCUUCAACAAACCCAUCCCCAAACCACCGGACCUGCAACCUGGGGCCAGCAACCACGGCAUCAGCCUGCACGAGAUCCCCCCUGAUCGGCGCCAGAAGCUGGAGAAGGCGAGGCCAGGCCAGUUUUCUGGGAAGUGAGGCUGGGUCUGGAACAAGGUUUCACUCUUCCAUUCGCACUGUGCCCGCCACUCCCCAUGGACUCCAGGACACCAGGAUUCUCUGAACUCUUACGUGCCUGUCAGGUGUCUGUAGACAUCAGACCUCAGGACCCUGGAGUAGCUGAUGUCGGGACUAUGGAUGAGCCUGUGGGUUGAAGGGUUGCUUUGCCUGACUCGUGAAACCCACAAAUUUAGUGGUCUUUUCCUCCUUCCUAAAGGCAGAGAAAGAAGAAACCUAAGAUUCAGCAGCUACAAGUUCAGGUUACUUACGGUGGUGCUGCUAUAGUGAAUAAUAUGGUAUAAUUUAAAAAGCAUUUUUAACCAAAUUCGGAGAUGAUGAAUUAAGGAUUUCUUUUUUCUAAAACCCUGAUGCACUUACACACACAGUAUUUUAAAAAUUACCUACAUUCUGAAACAUCUCUCUUUAGACUUUUUCUCUGUACUUAGGUUGCAGGGAUUGAAGGCCAGCUCCGCAUUGCUGGUGCUGGACCUGACAUGUGGACAUAGCUGUCUCUCCCCUGCCUCUUCCCUCCUUCCCGCCCCACCCCACGCCACCCCUUCCCACUCUUUUCCUCCCAGCCUGUGUGGGGCCUAGGAUAGUUACUAGCCUGUGAUUCAGGGGAGCUUCAGGAAAGAGUUGACUUGGGGUUAGGUGGAGGAUGAUUGAUGAGAAUAGGCUGGGGUGGGGCACCCCCAAAGGGGAAGGAGGAUGAGCUGGGGCCAAGCCUUGUUUGGGGCAGAGGUGGGGAAAACAGGGCUGAGCCAGUUCCUUCCCAUUGUCAACUCACCCUUGUUCUCAGGUGCAUGCUCAGUCGCUCAGUCAUGUCUGAAUCUUUGCAACCCCAUGGACUAUAGCCUGCCAGCCUCCUCUCUUCAUGGAAUUUUCCAGGCAAGAAUACCAGAAUAGGUUGCCAUUUCCUCCUCCAGGGGAUCUUCCCGUGGAGGAUCAAGCACGUGGAGGAUCCCUGGACAUAGGGAUCAAACCCAUGUCUCCUGCAUUGGCAGGCGGAUUCUUUACCACUGAGUCACCUGGGAACUCAGUCUGAAAGGAGACCAUGCAAGUGACUGGGGGAGAGCCUGGUAAUGGAGAGGCCUGUCUUCCUCCCCAGUCUGGAGAACUCAGGGACCACCCACCCUAGAGCUCAGAGGGCUGGUGGGAGUGGAGGAGGGAAACGAUCAAGCCACGGUCUCCUCUCUGCUCCUAGUCUCCCCUCUCUGCCUGGAAGUUUCUCCCUGUCUUUCUCCUCCAUUUCUGUGGAACCUUUUUUCUGGGCCCAGGCAGUCUCUGAGAGCACUCCUGUCCUCUGACCCAAGUUCUGUCCACCAGGUCACCCCUGUUGUUUCUGGGACCCCAGCAACUCCCAGCUCAGAGAGCACCCGGCUUGGCCAGUAGGCUCCCCUCACCUUUAGCCGUGUUUACACUACCUCUGCCGCUGGCCUUGCCUUCAGGAUGGCUCUGUAGCCAGGACCAAAGACGGCCAAAGCCGGGAUCUCCUGCAGCUGCUGCUGCUGGGUCCCCACCCUGUAGCUGGGGCAAUACUUCACGUCCUGGGGCUCACCUGGCACCUUUCGUUUGUGCUGCUUCUCAGGGACUGGGCUCUGCUCCCCACCCCCACCUGCAGUGUACCCCAGGGGCCCACUCUGGGGGCUCUGGAACUGGGUUGUGUGGCCAUGUUCACCAGGAUCUUUUGGACUGUGUGCUCUGGACACCAGGCCAUAUGCCGUGGUGUUGGGUCCUGGAAUAAAGGUGUGCUUUCUUCCA